AUGGGGUGGGGUAAUUCAAUAUAUAAACCUAGACAUUGGUAUCAAUACCUUUCUUUAAAAUACUUAAGCUUUGGAUUUAUGAAUCCCUAUAUCAAAUCCUAUAAAACUGAACAAUUCUCUAGUAAUGAUCUACCAGAUAUUCCUUUAACAGAGGAUGUAAUUAAAAUUGGGGAACACCUAUCAAGAGCUUUAAAGAAAGAAGAAAUAUUGGCAUUGAAUAGUGGUAGGCAACCAAGUUUAUUUAAGGCAAUAUUAAGAGUUUAUUAUCCAUUAUUAAUACUUUGUCUAUUCUCAAUUAUUAUAAUAGAUGGUAUACAGUAUUCUGCAAGUUUAGUAAUUAAAAGAAUUAUUCAAGAUUUACAGAAGCCAAGACCCUUAUCUAUACAAGAUAAAUAUAACUCUUUAAUAAACUUUUUUUCUGUAUUUAUUAUACUAAUAUCAACUACAAUAAUAUUACCUCAUGCAACAUUUUUGCAAUUAAAAUAUAUAUUUCGUAUCUAUACUAGUUUGGCAAUCAACUUGUUAUGGAGAGGUUUAAGAAAAUCUGGUGGACUUCAUUUAUCACGUAAAUUUAAUACUAAGUUAAAUCCUCCAUUUGUACCUAAAAUGAACUUGAUUAUACAUAAAAAAAGAUACUCAUUAUUUAAGCGAAUUUUGAAAAUAUUCAGUUGUAAAGUUGAUGAUAGUAAAGAAGAUAUAAAUGAAAGUGCAACAAAAUAUUUGACAAUGGGUAAAUAUAAUAAUUUAUUUUCUAUAAAUGAAACACAAGUAUCUAAUAAUUCGAAUAAAUACUUAAAAGAAGAUAAACAAGUUAAAUCAGAAAAUUCCUUAAAACAAGAAAUAGACUCUCAAUCUAGGCAGAAAAUAAAUAUAAUUCCACAUAAAACGAGAAGUCAAUUAUUUAAAGUACAAGAUAUUAUCACACCAAUUAAAAUAAAGACUGCUGAUAUGUAUAAUUUGAUUAUGGCAGAUUUAUUUCCUUGUUCAAAAAUGUUUGUUAGCUUAAUAAACCUAGUCUUAUUUCCUCUCAGGCUACUAAUUGCAGGAUUUACGAUGGCGUACAUAUUAACAUCAUCAGUAUCCAAUUUCAAUAGUAGCAAGUUGCGAAUUUUGAAUAUUUCAAUAAUUUUAUGUAUUACUUCAUUAUGUAUAUUAACCAGUAUUGGAAUAGGAUGCGAAAUAUUUAGUGGAUAUUUAAGAAAACCACUACUUAAGGUUAAGGAUAGAAGAUUAGAAGAAUUAAGGUAUAUUCUAAAAAAUAUUAGAAUAAUAAAACUUUUGAAUUGGGAAGACUUUGUGUACAACUCAUUAAUUAACCUAAGAGAUGAGGAAAUGCAUCAGAGAUAUUUGAACUUAUGGUGGAGCUCAGCCGCAUUAUUCUUCACAAACAACUCAUUAUUAUUUUCACAGGCCAUUUUAUUUCUUGUAUUAGGGCUGUUAUUUCAGAAUUUUACUGGACAAUUUAUUAUUCCAACAAUUGCUACUGUUCCUAUAAUGUAUUCACUGAGUAUCUUAUUUAAUUCAGCUGGUUCUAUACCAGAAGAAUUAGGUACUACAGUACGAGGCUGGAUCAGUUUGAGUAGAAUUCAACUUUUGAUAUUCUCAAAAGUUGAUGAAUAUCCUUUAAUUUGUAAUUUAGGAAAUAAGGAUAUAUUUUCAGAUGAGAGGAAUGUACUAUGUGGUAGUAUUGAAUUAGCAGAUAUCAGCAAUUCUAUAUAUGAGAAUAAUAAACAUUACACAGAUGAAUAUGCUAUCUAUUAUAACAAUGCAAGCUUUUCUAGAGCAAUGUACGAUGACCCGGAAAUAAGAUAUUUACAUCAGUUAGGUGGGAGUUUAUUAUCUGGAGGUCUAGAUGAUAUUCCAAUUAAAGAUGAAGAUAAGGAAAUAUUAACAAUAUCAGAAACUAAUCUUCAUCAUGAAUCUUAUACUAGAAAUAAUGAAAUAAGAAAUGAAGAAUAUAGAUUAGAAGAUAGAGAUUUUCAACAAUUUGAUUAUUUUAUGAAAUCUUCUACAACUGACUGUGAUAAUCAACAAAUGAAUUUGAUAAACUUAUCUAGUUUAACAUCUCCUAUAAUAUUACAAAAAGUUAAUUCAAAAAUAAAAGAAAAGGUAUUUCGGAAAUGUUCAAUUUUUAAAUUUAAUGAUUCUCAAGAUAACUUUUUACACUUUCAAGAUUAUUCCUCUUUAUACCAUCUCACCAUAUCACCUUGUUUGAAAGAUAUUAAUUUGUCUAUAAAAUAUGGCCAAAUUGGUAUAAUUUUUGGUCAAGAUGAAAGUGGAAAGACAAACUUAUUAGACUCAAUAAUUGGGAGUCUAUACCGUAUUAAGGGUAUAAGUUACAUUGCAAAUAAAAGAUUGCAAUUACCUAUACAAUAUGUAUCCUCUUCAACUUGGUUACCAAAUGGUACAUUAAAAAGUGUAAUAUUAGCUGGACGUAAAUUUGAUGAGAUUAGCUUUCGAAAUGUUCUAAAGGUAUGUCAACUGGAGACAGACAUUAAUAAUUGGCCACUGAAAGAUUUACAUAUGAUUGAUGAAUAUGGUAAUAACCUUAGUAAUGGGCAGAAAGUUCGUGUAGCUUUAGCUAGAGCUUUGUAUAAUUAUGACUGCUAUGAAAAUGAUGAAAUUGAAGACAUUCAACAUGAUGAUAUAAAUGAAAUAUAUAGAAAUAGGAAUCUUCAUUCUACUAAUCAAAGUAAUCAGACUCUUCAGAGUACCCGUGAUUUUCAUAUAUUACUAGAUAAUAAUAUGAAUAUAAAUGAAUCUACCACUAAUAUACAUAAUAAAGGGACACCAGAUAUUGAUCCUUUGUUUGACAAUAGUAUUGCUUCAAAAUUUAAUAAAUACUGUAAACUUGAAGAUAAUUCUCAUGUUUUAUAUGAUAUAACAAAUAAUAGAAAUGUAAACCAAAGUAAUAAUAAAUUUUUACUCUGUUUAGAUUCAAUAUUUGAACCUCUUGAUCCUCAAACCUCUACAAAGAUUUUUAGUGAAUUAUUUAUUUCCGAUCAUCCUUACUUAGAAUCGGAAGAUAGACCAGAUUACUACAAUUCUAUAAUCUCGAAAUUUAAGGACUUUUCAAGUGUUAUAUCUAUGACAACUGCAACACUGAAUCAUUUUCUGGAUAGAUACAUGGAUAAAAUGCUGGGGAAUUAUCCAUUUGAAUUUAAGUUUUUUUAUAUGAACCAGGGCAGAAUUUAUGAAGUUCAUGAUAUUCACCAAUUUCUCUCCAAUUUUGGUCAAAAGUAUGAAGAAAUCCCUAAAUAUGGUCAAAAUUCUGUACAUACUGGAAAUCACUUAGAAUCUAAAGAUUCGUCAAUAUUAGAUACUCCAGGAGAUCUAAGAAAUGAAAAACAAGGAAAUACAGACUUGAAUUAUAAAACUGAACAAUAUACAAAGACUGAAAAGACAUAUAAUUUAUAUAAACCAUUAAAUAGUCAACCAAUAAGUCCGAAUUUUCAAAUCAAAAGUAUGAAAUCUCAGUUUACUAGUGAAAGUAUUGAAAACCAAGCAAAAAAGGAGCUAUAUAAUGAAAAUAAUGAAAACGAUAAUAUUUUCAUUAAUUAUUUACCUCAAUCAAGUACUUUCGCACCUUCUUUUAUUAUGCCUUUAAGAUAUGUAAGCAAUUCUACCCUUGGACAAGCUAUAGUUAAAGCUUCUUCAAAAUUAAUAAGAAGUUCUAAAUAUUUUUGUCCAGUACAUCAUAAUUUUACAGAACUCUCUGGUCAUGUGAAAUUGAAUACAUAUAAAUGGUUCAUAGAGUUAUUUUAUGGUAGAAUGAUGUUUACAUUAAUUAUUUCUAUAUUUAUUUCUCUUGCAUUAUGUACAAAUAUUAUCGAUAUCAUUGCAAUUAUUUGGAGUGGACAAGAUAAAACCAGCUUAAUUUUACUUCAAGAUAAACUUGAUAAAAUUUUAUAUUUUAAUUCUUUCUCUAUAAGUUUACAAUAUAUGAUUAUAUUCUUUAUAUUAACAAUGGUAACAAUAACAAUUAGGCUAAUUGGUAUAUACUUUGAAUUUAAAGCUAAAAUUUCAAGUUCCAUUAAAAUCCAUAACGAUGUCCUUUUACAAUUACUAAAAGCUCCUAUAAAAUUAUAUGAUGGUAUCAAUAUUAAAUCUCUUGUAGAUAUCUUUUCACUAGAUCUUUCAAUUAUUGACAACAAAAUAUCAUUUUCUAAUAUCACAUUUCAAUUUACUUCCUUUAUUAUAUCUAUAAUAUUUAUAGUUUGGAGUACUCCAGUUUUUUUAUUUUUAAUACCUAUAAUUGUCUAUAUAUAUAUUAAAUAUAUAUUCAAACCUACUAGAAUACAGGCUAGGGAGAAUUACAGAUUAUUACUAAAUACAUAUGGUCUUUUAUGCAAUCAAACUGAGUUUAUAAUAAAAGGAUCUGAUAUAAUUAGAACUAUGAAGCUUUCUUACUAUCAAAACUACACAUCAUAUAUACUUAAAAAUUUGUUAAAAAUAUUUUAUUUUAGUUAUGGAGUUAGUAUAUGGGGGCAAAUCAGAACUUUACUCUUGGGAAUAUUUACUAUUUUUAUUAUAUUUCUAUUGCCUACAAUACCUAGAAUGCUAGAUAUUCAAUUACCUUGUUAUAUAUCUGGUUUUGCUUGUUAUAGUCCUGAUCCUAUUAUAUCCAGUUUUCUUGGUCUUACUCUAUCUUUUGCAAUUGGUCUCCCAUCAACUAUUAAUGGACUAAAUAGAAAAUUUAUUGACUUAGAAAUGGAUAUGUGUUCAAUUCAAAGAUUUCAGUUUUUACAAAAGCAAAUUGAAUAUUAUCAUAAAAAAGUGAAUCCAUCAAUCAAAUUUAAAAAAUACAAUACUUCAAUUACUAAAAGUAGUCUAAGUAUGGAGAAUGAUGGAAAUACAACUGAUAGUAAUAAUACAAAUAGUAGUUCUCUAGAAAUUUUUGACAAAGGUAGUGAAAAAUUUGUAAACUCAAACAUAAAUGAAGAUUCUCUAAAUUUUUCUAAUGGUCUUAUAAUAAAAGAUGCAACAAUGAGCUAUACAGAUAAUAGAUAUAUUAUCAAAAUAGCCUUGAGAAAUAUUAAUAUGAAUAUACUUCCUGGGCAGCAUAUUGGAUUAGUUGGUAGAACUGGAUCUGGGAAAUCAUCUCUAAUUCAUUCUAUUCUUGGGAUUUAUGAAUUAGACUCUGGUCAAAUACUAUUAGAUAAUAUUGAUUUAUCAUUACUACAUAUGAAUAUUAAUCAAAUUAUAUAUAUAGAUAAAAAAUCAACAAAUAACAUAAAUAUAAAGUCCAAUUAUUGUCAUCAAUAUGAUAAUAUUAUUGGAUUUAUUCCUCAAAAUCAUGUCAUAAUUAAUAAUUGGACUAUAAGAAAGUAUAUAGAUCCUUAUGAUCAAUAUAGUGAUUCCAAUAUAUGGAAUGCUAUUGAUGAGUUAGAACUCAAUUAUUUAUUUAAAGAUUUACCAAGUGGUUUAAACUCAGUGGCUUCAUGUAAUUCUUUCUCUCAAAUUAUGAAUGAUAAUAUUAAUUUGGCAUACUCUCGGAGUUAUUCAUCAAAUGAUAAGACUAUUUGUCAAUUAGAUAAUAAUAAUCAAAAUCGAGUAUUUAAUAUAUCCCAAAUAAGAAUUCUUGCUUUUAUUAGAUUAUAUCUUAAUUCAAAAAAUUACCGUCUAAUAUUAAUUGAUGAACCCCCAAUUAUGGAUGAAUAUUCAUAUAAUCAAGAAUUGAACUCUGGCAGUUUACAAGAUACAAAUACAAUAGAGUUUAUUUUAAAUCAUCCUAGAGAUACCAUCAAAAAUAAGUCAGAAUCAUCUAUAUCUAUUCCUUAUCUAGUUAACAAAUAUUUUAGACAUUGUAUUGUUAUUAUUAUAACCCAUAAUAUAGAAUCUAUACAAUACUGUGAUUACAUAUAUGUAAUGAGUCAUGGACAAAUUUCCUCUAAAAUUAAAUUUUCAGAAGUUAAAUCUCAACUUAAUUUACAGAAAUUAAUUUAUAAAGCAAACGAGUUUACUAUUAGUAAUAAUGAUAAUACUUUAUAG